AUGGCAACUCAACGAGCAGCGGCCGGUGUUUCAAUCGAUGAACAAAUUGCUGCAAUUCAUCGAAGCAAAGGCUUGACAAGCGAUAGCGACUCUAAAAUCGGUCCAAGGAUACCACAAUUACAAGAUCAACAUUCACAUCAACAUCAAAUUCAGCAUAUUCAUCAACAAGGGUUACAACAACACAUGCCUUCAGCUCAACAACCUAUGUACGCUAGUUAUCCGUCUCACACAACGCAAAAUGUUCCAAUACCGCAAGGACCUCUACCAGUCGCGUAUCCUGGUUAUGUUGGGUCUUCUGCGCCAUUUGCACAUCAAUUGCCAGGUUUUAUUACACCGAUCGCACCUGUUACUAUGUCUUCUCAAUCACCUUCUCAAGUCCGUCCACCUAUUCCGCCCAUUCCCCAGCUUCAUCGCCAAUCUUUACCAGAAGACGAAGUAGAUAUGGGCAUCCUACCAAAACGACAAAAAUUAGAUAAUAGUUCUUCGAUGGGAGCCCUCGUAUCAGAAGAAGAAUGGAUAGCUUCUCAUCAGGGAUUAAUAAAUGUACAAAUUCAGUGUCCAAUAAUAUCUGAAAAGCCAGAAUGGAAUUGUCAAGGGCAAAUCAUUGUCUUGGACAGUUUAUCGGUCACAACGCUGGUUUCCGCUGUAAAAGAUAAGAUUUUUGCAAGAUUGAAUUUCCCAGCAGGAAAGCAAAAACUCACAAUAGGAGGCGCCGUAAUGAAAAAUCAGGUAUCAUUGGCAUAUUAUAAUAUUGAUGAUGGUGGCAUCCUUGGAUUGGCAAUUAAAGAUCGAGGGAAAAAAUAA